GACAUCUGUGUGGUAAGGAUAGUUUUUUUCAACGUAUUUUCUAGUGUCAGUGUGACUGUGAACUUGUGUGUAACACUCCUACAAGACGCCUGUGAACUGAUAUACUACUGAAAUGUUUGAACUGGAGAGAAGGAGACCACUAACUGAUUUACAAAUUAAACAACGUUUAACAAAAUUACCAGUUCUAGAACAGUUUGAUUUCCUUCGUGCAUCUGAUAUCCUGUUGAAUAAAGAAUCUGAGAUCACACUUGAAUUAUUUGCCAAUUUAAGAGGGAGUCUGCAUAAUGCACUAAUCAAUAUUAAAAGCGAUUUGACAUCUAAUGAUUUGGAAGAUGAAGAAGAAAAACCACUUAAUUAUGAAAAUACCAUUUUAUCAUUUGAUACUUCAACAAAAAUUGGUCAGAAGUUAGCUUCUAUCGCAUCGAUCUUUAUGGGUGGUUUAAAGACAUCAGAAGCUGACAACAAGACUGAUGAAAGCACAGAUAAGACAAAGCAGAAAAGAGAUGAAAAUCUUUCAGCUAGAAGAUCCGGUAAAUUUGCCAAAGUCGUAACUUCAUUAAAAGAUCCGAAGAGACGUGCUGCCGCUGCUACUGCUGCUGCUGCUGCAGGUACAACUGGUCAAAUGAAUCAAAUCCCUGAAUUACCAGAACAUGAACAUGAUAAACAAGCAAGAUCUUAUUUAAAAGAACGUCUGUAUGGGGAUUUAGGUGAAGCAUCAAAAAGGGAACAGGAGAUACUAAUGCAGAAAAUGAAACUACAAUCGUUGAAAUUCACUUCUGAAUCUGCAAGACAACAAGAUAUCAUUAAUGAAAGAAUUAGAGAGGCUAAAAGUCGUAAAUUGAAAUUGGAGAAUGUUAAUACCGAUGAAACUGUUGGUCAGUUGCUGGAGAUAAACAAAGAGAUGGACGACAUUUAUCAAAAAGAUCGCGAAGAACAUGAAAAAGUACUCAAAGCCCGCAUAGAGGAACAAAAGAAAUCCGAUAGUAACAGUGAAGAAAGGAUCCAAGAGAAACGAUCUAAAGCUGCUGAAAGUAGAGCAUUGAAAAAGAAACGUCCUUUACCUAUUCUUGAAGAUUUAGAGAAAUACGAAGCUGAUGUUGAAACUGGCAGUAUACCUUCUACAUCGCAAGGGAGUGAAAAUGCUCAAAGGUCUGGAAAGAAAGUGUGAAUAGUGAUGGGCAAAGGCUAAAAUAAAAAUGGUGAACUCCUACAGAACACUUUCAAUUCAUUCUUCACAUAUAUAUUCAAAUAAUUCAACCAGUUGCUGUUCUCUUUUCUCUCUGUGUUUUACAAACUAGUCUGUAUUACUUUUGUGCCAGGAAUCGGAAUACUAAAUUCUAAUAUAUAUUUAUAUAAAAUUAUUGUUCGUUUUUAUUUUUGACAAAAUAAAAUGACUGCAUGGAAGAUUAUAUCAUGAGCUGACAUCAUUUAGAGAAUCAUUGGAAAACCACCUGGGAGUAC